AUGGCUGAAGUCAAUCUUCCUUCAUGGUCGGAGAUAUCGCAAGCAUCUGAAAGCUUGCAAUUGACUUCAACAGCAGCAACUUGGGAGAAUAUUCUCGCUAGGUUGGCAAGAAUCGAGUCCCGAUUGCUUGAGCAUGAGCGCAGGGUAGCAGCAACGCUUCCUCCGUUGCAACCCGAACCUGAUCCACCCGACCGAACCCGGCGGUACACCUCAGCACAACCACCUUACCCGCCUUACCAGCCACCAUAUCAGCCAGAUCCUAGUUCUCAUCGGUACACACCACAAAGGCGAGAGCAGCCCGGAUAUCAGCACUACUUCCACAAUCAGCCGACGCCGUCAAACGACCACUACCAGUCGCUGCAACAAUCCUACCGGCAGCCACCGUUUGUAACUGCAGCCUUACCCCACCAAAAUUACCCACAGCUUCCUCCUUUGAAACCCUACCAACCGCAGCCAUUGACAUCACCAGCUGCCGCCACCAGCCCACUCCACCAAAACCACCCGUCGCAGCCUCCAUACGCCCACCAGCCACCAUCCCCCUACCAGCAACAACUGCUCAGCCAGCCACCGCAGCAGUCGCCGCGUAAAGCCUUUAACGCGGAGGAUCAGUUCGUUAAUAUGCCCUACCGGAUGGCUACAACGUGGGACUUGCCGGGGACACACAUCGUGCUGGAACCACAAGCAAUCGAACAGACGACGUGCUGGGUUCAUAAGGCACUUCGUUCUCACCAAGGAUACCAUUCCUAUGAACAACCUACUGUUGUGCAGCAGCCCCUUCCCCAGCGCUUGCCCUACUGUUGGAAUCCACUGAGUCACCAUUGCUCACCGACGGCGGAGCUGCCUGCAGUUGUUGCUGCCCCACCUCUUGCCGAUGAUUCCCGACAGCCCUUGUGUCUCCAUGUCACGAGCGCAAUGAGAACGAUAAUGGUGGACGAAGAGCAACUGGGAUGA